CAUCACCAUGGCAGUGCAGAACAGAAACACUAGUUUUGCUUCCAACUUUAGUCUACCCCAAGACCAUGCCUCCUCCCUCCACUUCAACUUCAGUUAUGGUGAUUAUGACCUCCCUCUGGAUGAAGAUGAGGACAUGACCAAGACCCGGACCUUCUUUGCAGCCAAGAUCGUCAUUGGAGUGGCACUGGCAGGCAUCAUGCUAGUCUGUGGCAUUGGCAACUUUGUCUUCAUUGCUGCCCUUGCCCGCUACAAGAAGCUGCGCAACCUCACCAACCUGCUCAUUGCUAACCUGGCCAUCUCCGACUUCCUGGUGGCCAUUGUCUGUUGCCCCUUUGAGAUGGACUAUUAUGUGGUACGUCAGCUCUCCUGGGAACAUGGCCAUGUGCUGUGUGCUUCUGUCAACUACCUGCGUACUGUCUCCCUCUACGUCUCCACCAAUGCCCUGCUGGCCAUCGCUAUUGACAGAUAUCUUGCCAUCGUUCACCCCUUGAAACCACGAAUGAAUUAUCAAACCGCCUCCUUCCUGAUUGCUUUGGUCUGGUUGGUUUCCAUCCUCAUUGCCAUCCCAUCAGCCUACUUUGCAACCGAAACCGUCCUCUUUAUUGUCAAAAACCAGGAAAAGAUCUUCUGUGGCCAGAUCUGGCCAGUGGAUCAGCAGCUCUAUUAUAGGUCCUACUUUCUGUUUAUCUUUGGCCUCGAGUUCGUAGGGCCUGUGGUCACCAUGACCCUGUGCUAUGCCAGGAUCUCCCAGGAGCUCUGGUUCAAGGCAGUCCCUGGGUUCCAGACAGAGCAGAUCCGUAAGCGACUGCGCUGCCGCCGGAAGACAGUCCUGGUGCUCAUGUGCAUCCUUACAGCCUACGUGCUGUGCUGGGCACCCUUCUAUGGCUUCACCAUUGUGCGCGACUUCUUCCCCACUGUGUUUGUGAAAGAGAAGCACUACCUCACCGCCUUCUACGUCGUCGAGUGCAUCGCCAUGAGCAACAGCAUGAUUAACACUGUGUGCUUCGUGACGGUCAAGAACAACACCAUGAAGUACUUCAAGAAGAUGAUGCUACUCCACUGGCAACCCUCUCACCAUGGGAGCAAGUCCAGUGCUGAACUUGACUUCAAAACCAGUGGGGUGCCUGCCACUGAAGAGGUGGAUUGUAUCAGGCUGAAGUGACAUGGUAGCGUUACACAACUGAAAACCCAAAUCCAGUACUCAGAGCAUCAUCAAUCAAAUUCACAGCCUGAAUGGAAAAGAACAAUCAUAUUCAUGCCUCCUGUCUUUACAGAGCUAGAUGCUUCAAAGUCAUAACAAAUAAUGAGGCUGGACACAAACCACAACCCAGACAUUUACUGAUAUCUGCUGAUAUCAUUAGCCUGCUGAGUACACCAUCACAACCAUAAGAGCAGACACAAGUAGCAGCAACUGACAUGGACUGAAUAUCUACUGCGAGCAAGCCACACCAAUGAGAUUAGACAGAGACAACAGGAUUGUCCUACCUACUGU